CAGAGUCCGCAUGAAACCACUAUACAAAGUUGCUUUUGAAAGGAACAGUGAACGCAUCAAAGACCUCCGUCACCAAUACGUCCAGAGAGUCAUGGAGUUGGAGGCCAAUCAAGUCCCACGUGAAAUUAUCUGUGUUGACGAGGCUGGCUUCAACUUGGUAAAAAGGUGUUGCCGUGGGAGAAACAUAAUUGGAAAAAGGGCCACAGUUACCGUGCCGGGCCAGAGAGGAGGUAACAUCACCAUGUGCACCGCAAUCUCCGACAAUGGUGCACUCCUGCAUAAAUGUGAGAUUGGCCCUUACAACACCGACCGCCUUCUUCUGUUUUUAGAAGACCUGCACCAAAGACUGGUGCCAGAGGUAGAAAGGAGGCAGGUGGGAGACCAUUUGCCAAUAUAUGUGAUCACAUGGGACAAUGUGGCAUUCCACCAUCCCCGUACGAUCCCAGCCUGGGGCGUCACAACUUUGGAUUUACUGUAUGCAGACAUCAAAGAUGAAUACAUCUCAUCCCUCCUCCCCCCACUCGGCCGCUCAGAUCACAACCUGGUCCACCUGGUCCCAGACUACCCCCCUGUGGGGACCAAACAACAGCCUGUGGAGAGGCUUGUGAAGCAGUGGUCUGAGGAGGUCAGUGAUAGGCUCAGAGACUGCUUUGAAACUACAGACUGGGAAGCACUCUGCACCCCCCACGGCACCGACACAGACAGCAUGACCAAAUGCAUCACAGACUAG